AUGCAGGCGCAGUUGUACGUGAACGGCCGCGCCGGGCUGCUGUCCCCCGCCGGCAUCCGGACGUACCGACAGCUCGGGGUGGUGGUGGCGCGCGGCCUGCUUCCGGAGAGCCUCGUCGCCGCGCUCGCGCGUGCCUGCCGCGACGUGGCAGAGGCGCGUGGGGCGCGCGUGUUCCCCGGCGUCGACGAGGAACACAACGGCCGCAUCGACUUCGACGCCCGGAUGGAGCCAAAGCCGACGGCCAAUUUGGGCGCGCAGGCGCCCCCGCCGGAGAUUCAGGCGCAGCUGCGGCGGCAGGACGAGGCGCGGGCGCUGGAGCGGCGGUACCGCAAGGUGCUGCUCAAGUGCCGCAACACGCGCGAGGUGGACCGCGUCUACGCGAGGCUGGCGGCGGUGCGGGCGAAGUACAUGCGGUUCAAGUACGUGAAGAACUGCGUGGGCGAGGAGGAGGAGCGCGCCGGGCGGAUGAGCGACGCGCGCAUGCGGGAGCUGGGCGGCGAGCACACCUACGAGGACGUGCGGGCGAGCUUCGAGCGCUACCGCGGCAGCGGGAAGAUGGAGAUGGAGGUGCGGCGCGAGUACCACCUCGACCGCGCGCUGGAGCACCUGCAGAACUGGUCCAAGUGCUGGUGCCGCGUGUGGCCGGACUCGCCGGCGCUGCAGCGGCUGCUGCUGCCGGGGGCUGACGGGGCGUUGGGCACCGCCGUCGGCGAGGCCGCGGCGGCGUUGGCGGGGGACGUCGUCGUUCGCCUCUUCGACGACGCCGUGCACGACUACCACCCGUUCCUCAACAGCACGCCGUUUCACUUCGUCGGCAGCGCCACGAACUUCCGGAGCAGAAGCGGCAUGACGGUGUCCGUGGGGCUGGCCGCGGGGCAGGCGCCGGCGCUCGUCAUCCCCGGCUCCCACCACGUCAUGCGGGAGUUCACGGACGACGGCCGCGACUUUAGCCGCUACCGCGCCGGCGGCGUGUUCGACAUGGGGCGGGCGAUACGCAACAUUGCGCCGCUGCGGGAGCUGCCGGUGGUGCAGCUGGAGCCGCUUGAGCCCGGCAGCGUCGUCUUCACAAACCACUACACGCUGAGCGCGGUGCAGCCAACGAUGUGCGGCGGGGCGGCAAAUUACACCCCGCCCUCGGCCCGCACCGUCAACUGCCCCUAUCAAUACUCCAUGACCCUCAUGCCUGACCGCUGCGUCUUUGAUGGCCUGCGCAACUCGUGGGCCUCGCGGGACUCGCACGGGCCGCUGCACAGCUACAAGCCCGGGCAGCCGCUUGUGGACGAUGCCGUGUUCCCCGUCAUUCACAGGGCGCUUGACGUGGAGUAA